UCCCUCCCUCCCUCCUCCAGCUAUUUUGCCAGCCAGCCCCGUCUACAUAGGCAGCCAGCCGCUCACCGUCCUGCUGCUGCGCAAAGUAUCGUCUUCUCCCUCCGAGCUCCAGCGUCGUUUUGUCCCCUCUGCGAGGAUCUCCAAGGGACCGGCUAGCAAGUACGGUCGCGUCUCUUUAAGGGGGGGAAGUUCAGAUUUGUCUUUGCGACUUUUGUUCUCAAAUUGCCCUUCAAGACAUACGGAGAAAAUGGCCAGACCUCUUCCUAUAAACCAAACUUUCCUGCCGCCGGCUCACGGCGUACUGAAAUCCCUGCUGGAAAACCCGCUAAAGCUGCCUUUCCAUCACAACGAAGGAUUUGGGAAAGACAAGGAGGAAGCAAAGAAGCUGGACGAUGAGAGCAGCGCAGCCAACCGCCCGCAGUCGGCCUUCCUUGGACCGACCCUCUGGGACAAGACACUGCCGUACGAUGGGGACAGCUUUCAGCUGGAGUACAUGGACCUGGAGGAGUUCCUGUCGGAGAACGGCAUCCCAGCCAACACAGCUCAGGGAGACCAGGCGGCGCAGCAGGCACAGCAGGCCUUGCCGCCCGCUCCACCCACCACACCUCCACCCACUGUGGUGGACCUCAGCAGCCGCGCCACCACCUCCAUUCACACAGGCAUGGCGCCUCAGACAUGUCUCCGCAGCCCCAGCACAGCAGCACUGCCCUCAGCCCGAGACACCCCCAGCCCCAUCGACCCCGAGUCCAUCCAGGUGCCCCUGGCCUACGAGCCCGACCCGCAGGACCUGGCUCUGUCAAGCGUGCCAGGCCAGGAAAUGUUCGACCCCAGGAAACGCAAAUUCUCCGCCGAGGAGCUGAAGCCGCAGCCCAUGAUUAAGAAAGCCCGCAAGAUCUUCAUCCCCGAAGACCUGAAGGACGACAAGUACUGGGCCCGCCGCAGAAAGAACAACGUGGCCGCCAAGAGGUCCCGGGACGCCCGACGGCUGAAGGAGAACCAGAUCGCCAUCCGGGCCAGUUUCCUGGAGAAGGAGAACGCCGCUCUCCGCAUGGAGGUAGCAGAGAUGAGGAAGGAGCUGGGCCGCUGCAAGAACAUUGUGGCUAAAUACGAGGCCCGGCACGGUUCCCUGUGAGCCCCCCACCCCACCCCACACCCACUUCACUACCCCAACCUGCCUUCCAUCAAGUUUGAAGGACAAUGUGUCUCUUUUGGUGGCACUGCCCCUCCCCGUCCUCUUCCUCCUCCCCCCUCAACCAACACACACCUGUAUGAUUCUGGUAUUAUAACUAUCAUUUUGACUUUGAUCAUAAGCUUCGGUUUGUCUGUUCCUUCUAUUUUCUGUAGACAUCAUUUGACUAAAUAUUUACAGUACAUAGAUGCAUAUAUGUAUUCCAAACUGUGAGGAGUUAUGAGCCAACCCACCAGCUGAGUCCCCUGCUUCCUUCCGAUUUUUGAGAAACGAUGCCAUGCUAUUUGUUGGUCACUUUCAUACCAAUUUUAUACGCAAGAUCAGGACUGAAAACCUUUGUUUUCUGGUUCCGUUCUUCUUCUUCUUCUUCUUCUUCUUCUUCUUCUUCUUCUGUGUUAUAAUGUGACAUGUCCCAGAGUCUGCUCAUACCCCACAAAUCUUAUGUUUUUUAAUCCUUGUUAAAAAAAUAUAUAUACAUAUAUUUCACCUUCAGCAACAUUAUCUUCUUUCCUUGAUGUUCAUGUUGUAUUUCAGUCUAACCUCCCAGCGCUCCAACUUCGCUUCAGCUUCUCCAACAGCACUCUGGGUAUUUUAACGUUCAGAUAGCACUUUAAAAAAGUUUUUCUUUUUUCUUCUUCUGACCAACCGUGGGCGUCAAUUUCUUCUUCAUCAACCAGCAAUAAUUCCUGUCAAGAACUAAACUAACAAGACUACCUACCCCCCCCCCCCCCCCCCCCCCCCCCCCCCCCCCCCCCCCCCCCCCCCCCCCGCCCGCCCCUUGGCAGAUCUCCUGUCUGUUUUCAACUCGCAUUUAAAGAUAACUUUAUAUAACCUCUGCACUAAUGCGUGUCUCACAAUCUGAUCCGGUGCAAUGUUUCCACUCGCUCCAAAUUUCCUCCGCCUCAUAUUUAUCUACCUUUUCGUUCUCAGAUGGAAGAUUGUUCUGUUUUUAUAUAUAUAUAUAUAUAUAUACAGUAUAUAUGUAUUCUGUUGAUAUAACUGUUAGUAUAAAUACUACUCUUGACAUUGUUGUUUAGCCUCCUCCUUUCAGAUUUAAGCAUGUUGGUUUUUUUUCUUUCACAGAACGAAAAGCUAUUUGCUAAUCUUUUUCUUUCCUUUUUCGCAAAGUUGUUGAUAAUUAUUUUUGCUUCUGUUUGACUUAGCAUGAUUAAUAUGAGUGCUUUUCUUUUAGAAAUUAAUACAGAUGUCUGUAGUCUCUCAUCGUAGCUCUUAUGUUUGCCCUCUUUUUAAAGACGGCCGUCAGAAUGUAAAAGAUAUUGACAAAAAGAAGUUGGAUGGUGUUGUCCAAUACUGUGGUUAUGCCAAUCAAUUUGUUUCCUGCAGACCAAAUGAUUCACAACAGAGAUGAUAUAUUGGUUACAAGAGAUAUGUUUAUAUAAACCUAUUCUAUAAGUUGUUCUUUUUGUACAGUAUUUUUCCUAUACAUUACUGAACUAUGUAUUUUAAAGGCACAACAGAAGAAUACAAAUAUAUAACUCAAAGACCAAUGCAUAUAGUGGUAUUUUGAUAUUCUAUGUUGUAGUUUUACAGAGACUUUCAGAGAUAUCCAGCAGCACCCAAACCUCCUGGGCAUUAAUAUUACCAUUAUCACUACAAAUAUAAUAAUAAUUAUAUUAUUAUUAUGACAACACUCCUGUUUGUGUUGGUGCCACCUUCAGGCUCCCGUGUCUUAUGAAUCCCAUUUAACUCUGAGGAAGCAGAUGCUGACAAUGCAGUCAGGAAGAGAGAAUGUACAGUUGGGCACUUUUUUAAAUCCAUUAUCUCAAAUCCAACAAAAAACACAUUAGCUCAUCAUGUUUUUAGUCCUGUGACCUUUCCCCAACACGUCCCGACAGUUAAGGAGUUGUCCAGACAAAGCUUUUCUUCUAGUGGUGAAUAUUCGUAACUUCUUGAGGCUUUUAUUUGUUUAUUUUUAUAUCGCGCAGCUUGUGACUCAUUUUUUUCUGAUCUGGUUUGAUGGGAUAAAGUUACUAUGAAGGAAGGGAAAUGUUUAUCUGGUUACUAUUGCUACUCUUUGUGUGAUUGGUUCCUUCAGCCGAUAGUAGCGGGUCCCUGUACCUGAGUGAUGGACAAUGGGAAGUUUUUACUUUUUUUCAUUUUUCAUAAAUGAAGUCUUACAGUGACAUUUUCCCAAACAUAAGUUGUGUUGUAGUGUAAAGCUGCAUGCUGCUUUUUCUUUCCAUCAGGCAGAGACUGCGACCAAUUGAUGUUUUUGAGGGCUGAUAUUAACGUUUCUGAUUACUGUAUGGAAGCCCAGGGCUGUCAAGAUAAAAUCUUUGAGAUUUUGGUAUAUUAUUUGCUUACUUGCUGACGAUGAGACGAAGAGAUCAGAAGAUUAAUACCAUUCUUGUGUGUGUGUGUGUGUGUGUGUGUGUGUGUGUGUGUGUUGUGCAUUAAAUAUGAAACUAGCUUUUUCUUAGCUUAACACAAAGACCAACCGCUAUGAUCAAUUUUUCAAACGAGUUUGUCGGACAUUUUUAAAAUGACAACUUAAUUUCACCAUUAAUUGUUGAUUUAAAAAACCAAAAGUAUUUUAUUUUAUUGGAAUUCUCAAUUUUUGCAUGCUGUAAAAAAAAAAACAUAAAUCUGUCAUACAUUUUUUGACAUAUAUCAUAUGCACA